AUGAAGAUGAGCGCCAGCGUACUUGCACAACUGUACCACGCGAACGAGCACCUAGCCCUCAUGGGCGGCGUAGUGGCUGCGUUUACCCUACUUGCCAUUGUGCAUCGUCUUAGCAGCUCCCGGCGCAAGCUUCCUCCUGGACCUCCCGGCUGGCCCAUCAUCGGCAAUAUACUACAGUUGCGAGAUGAGCCAUGGGUCAAGUUCAGUGCAUGGCGACAGGUGUACGGCGACGUUGUCUGCGUGAGCGCUGCGGGCCAGCCAAUGGUCGUCCUCAACAGCCGCGACAGCGCGAUCGAGCUUCUCGACCGGCGCGCAAGCAUCUACUCGGACAGACCGAGGAAGAUCGUAGCUAAUGAUAUCCUCUGCGAUAGCCUUCUGCUUCCCCUUCUUCGGUAUGGCGAAACGUGGCGACCAACACGUAAGGCUGCGCAUGAGUCUAUGAACAAGGCUGCCGCCCGAAGCUUCAACGAGUAUCAGCGUGAGGAGGCUCUCAUUCUGGCACGUGAUGCUAUACAGGAUUCAGCGGGCUGGGAGACACACAUCCGUAGAUCUUCUGCCAGCAUGUUGCUACGCUGUCUGUACGACCAGUCACCGGUCUCCAGCGACCACGACACCCGUCUCAGACAGAUCAACGACUUCACCCUACGCGUAACGCUAGCAACGUUACCGGGAGCGUAUUGGGUUGACGUGCUGCCCUGGAUGCGCCACAUCCCAAGCAUCAUUGCACCUUGGAAGCGCCGCGCUCAAGAGUGGUACCAAAAGGACAACAGAGCCUUCCGCAGUCUCUUCGAAGAAGUGCACAAAGAUAUCGAUGACGGUUAUGAGCGAGCGUCGCUGAACGCUUCACUUGUUCGCAAAGCGGAUCGUACUCGCUUAAGCGUACACGAGAGCUCAUGGCUGACAGCAUCCGUAUAUGCAGCAGGCUCAGAUGCUAUACGUGCCGCUCUCAGCUGGUGGACCCUCGCAAUGCUACUCUACCCUGAGACGCAGAGGCGCGCUCAGAAAGAGCUUGACGCCGUCGUCGGUCGCGCCCGAGUGCCUACAUUCGCAGACACGGCCAACCUACCCUAUAUCUGCGCUAUGGUCCGGGAGGUGGUGCGCUGGCGACCGGUAACUCCCCUCGGAAUCCCUCACGUGAGCACCGAGGACGACUGCUAUGAAGGAUAUGUCAUCCCGAAAGGCACAAUCGUCUGCGCGAACGUCUGGGAGCUGAAUCGCGACCCCGAAGCCUUCGGAGCCAACGCAGACGACUUCAACCCUGAGCGCUACCUCGACGAGAAGGGCAAGCUAUUGCCGAGUCCGAUGGGUACGAAGGAUGAUGGCAGCUACACCUUCGGGUUUGGUAGACGGAUCUGUGUAGGAAGGCACGUCGCGAAUGAUAGUCUAUUCAUUGAUAUCGCCACCUGCCUCUGGGCAUUCUCUUUUGUCAACUUCGACGUUCAGAAACUCGACGCGAAUGGCUACAUCGACGAGGGCACGAUCAUAGUCCCCAGACCUUUCGAGGUUGAUAUCAAGCCUCGGUUCCCGGAAGCUAUCGAGAUCCUUCGUCAGGAGUGCGAGCUUCGGGGCCGUUGA